AGUUGGGUCUUCAUCUGGACCUCUAGCUUGAAUUAGUUUAUCAGCUUUGCUUUACACAUUGUCUCUGCUACAGACAAUGGCCAGCAUCAAAGGAGAAUUUCUUCAUAUUGUUUGUUUGAUAUCAUCCUAUACCUUCUUUUCAUUUUCAUCUCAUGCAUUAACUGAUACACUUACACCUGAAGAAACACUAACAAAUAAUCAAACCUUGGUUUCAGCUGGUAGGAUUUUUGAGCUUGGCUUCUUCGGUGAUGACUUUUCAGGCAAUUAUUAUAUUGGCAUUUGGUUCAAAGCCGAUAAGAACAAGGUUGUCUGGGUUGGUAACCGUGAAAUUCCCAUAUCAGAUUCCUCAGGUAUUCUUCAAAUACGAUCUGGGAAUCUGGUUUUCAUGGACAGACGUCAAGUUCCUUGGCUACUCAAUUCUGGAAAUGUUGCCACAGCCAUAAACACAACUGCAACACUUCUUGAUUCAGGAAAUUUUGUCCUUAAAGAAGAAUAUACAGGUACUGUUCUAUGGCAAAGUUUUGAUAAUCCAACUGAUACUUAUCUUCCUGGGAUGAAACUUGGUUGGUCUGCACUAAACACUAACCAACCAAGCUUUCACCUUUUUGUUUCUUGGGUAAGCCCCCAAAGCCCUGCUCGUGGCCUUUUCACCUUAACCAUGGACAGGAUCAACUUUACAAAGAUUCAGGUCUGGCGAGGAGAUAAAGUUCGAAUGGAUAUUGGGUUUUGGGAUGGACAUAACCUGCGGUUUAUUUUUGACAACUCAACAAGUGGAAAUGACUACAAUUUUAGUCACCAUUCCACUGCAGAUGAAGCCUACUUUAAUUUUAGAGGCAAUAAGAAUUAUGACAUCGUGUGGUUUGUGAUGGCUUCCACGGGAAAACUAGAUCAGUAAUUUAUGGUGGAUGGGAAGAUUUCUUCUGUGAGUCAUGCCCUGUGUGAAAAUUCAACUGGGAGGUGCUUGACUUCCCUACCAUCUAUGUGUGAGGAUGGUGAUAGCUUUUCACAGAUUGAGGGAUCACUGCCAUCUACAUUUAACAUUGGUGCCAUUAAUACGGGGCCUAGUGGUUGUGAAACAUUGUGUGAGAGCAAUUGUUCUUGCACUGCAUUUGCUUCACUUCAGAAUGAUCAAGAAUGCCAACUUUAUUAUGGGAGUAAGCAGGAUCUAUGGAAGACCAUAGUAAAAGGGCCAGGGAUUAUUUACAUCCGCGGUACUGCUGCUACAAAUGGUGGUAAGAAGUGGAAACUCGGGUUAGCUCUCACAGUUUCUUUGGCUACCCUCUUGGUUCUUAUUCCUUUAUCCUAAUGCUGCUAUCUGCGUUGGAGAAAGGGACACAAAGAAGACUCAGUAACAGAAGGCAUUAUCAAUUUGGACCAAGAGAGUUUAUUCCAAAGGGCGACUAAUGCGUCACCAGUUCAGCAGAAUGCAGUUAGAGGUGCAAAUAACGUGGAGUUAGGCAGGCAGAAGGAUCAGGAUCUGCC